CCGUCGUGUUUCGCCUUGCGCCGGGGGUGAGCUUUGAUUGCGGGAAUCUGGGUCAACCCGUCUCGACUCUCAGCUGUGUCCGAGGUUGCCUUCUCAAUCCCGAGACCCGAGGAAGGUUACUGUUAUCCGCGACCCAGCCGAUCUGUCAUCCGUCAUCCGUACUCCUCAAUCAGGGAGUCUCACUUUUGAAUGCGUUAAAGGGCCGAGGGUCGGAGCGAAGAGCCGAGAUGGCGACUGACGAGGCCGUCCAAUCCACCAACGACGACGCGAGCGAGUGCAAGCGAUCCGCCGUCCGCCUCGGAUACUGGAACGACAAAUUCAUACCAGUACUCGUCCGAGGUACUGAGAGGAAACCGCCGGAGAUCAACAGGGGAUACUACGCCAGGACGGAAGGCGUCUCUCUCUUCAUAAGGAAAUUCCUCAAAUUGGCUGGGCCUAAAUGUCAGAUAAUAAGUUUUGGAGCUGGAUACGACACAUUGUACUGGAGGCUGAAGGAGCAGGAUUUCAAUUUUGAUAAUUUUACAGAAAUUGACUUUCCAUCUCUAACUGCGAGGAAAUGUUAUGCUAUAAAACGCAGCAAACUGCUUCUCGACGGUCUCGGUGCUUCAGAUGGAGAGGUGAGGUUGAGUUCGACAGAAUUGCACGGAGGCAAUUAUCACCUGGUGGGCGCCGACCUUCGCAACCUCACCGAAGUGGCUGCAAAACUGAAAGAGUCUGAGAUCAACUAUCAAUUGCCCACACUUUUCCUCGCUGAGUGUGUUCUAGUCUACAUUGAGUCAACUUCAGUUUCAAAUCUUCUCUCCUGGAUUGUCACGCUGUUCCCUUCGGCGCUGUUUGUCAAUUAUGAACAAGUCAAUAUGUGUGAUAGGUUUGGAGAGAUCAUGUUAGAAAAUCUGAGGGCAAGAGGGUGCCCAUUGUCUGGAGUUGAUGCCUGCAGGUCGUUAGAAACACAGACUAGAAGAUUUCUUUCAACCAAUUGGGACGGCUCAAAAUCAUGGACUAUGGUGGAUGUGUACGCUGCCAUCGACCCUGCUGAGAGGCAUAGGAUCGAGAAAAUCGAAAUGCUCGAUGAGCAGGAGCUGCUCACUCAACUUUUUCAACAUUAUUGUAUCUGUGUCGCUUGGAAAGGUCCUCUUUUCAGGAAUAUCGGCCUAUCGGAUUAUGAUGAUUGAUUCAACAUCGCCCUCUCGAAAAUGAGUGAUAUAUUGUUCUAAGUCUCUUAAUAUUU